CGCCAUGUCCGGACGCGGCAAAGGAGGAAAGGUGAAGGGAAAGUCAAAGUCCCGUUCCAGCCGUGCUGGACUCCAGUUCCCGGUCGGCAGGAUUCAUCGCCUCCUGAGGAAGGGCAACUACGCCGAGCGAGUGGGGGCUGGCGCCCCCGUGUACCUUGCAGCGGUCAUGGAGUACCUGGCCGCCGAAGUCCUCGAGCUUGCCGGCAACGCCGCCCGCGACAACAAGAAGACUCGCAUCAUCCCACGUCACCUGCAGCUGGCCAUCCGGAACGACGAGGGGGAACUUAACAAGCUCCUCUCCUGGGUCACCAUUGCACAGGGUGGCGUGCUGCCAAACAUUCAGGCUGUGCUCCUUCCCAAGAAGACCGAGAAGAAGUAA